AUGGAUGACGAUACGGACUGCUCGAGUCUGAGCUCCGUGCCGUCCUCCCCCCUCGCGCCUCCAGGCUUCUCCUUACCCUCCCCGUCCCAGGACCUGGAUGAGUCUAGCGCCGGCCGUAGCCAAGACGACGACUUGCCGCCCGCCAGGAAGAAGCGCCGUGUGGCCGCCCCCCCGAAAGAACGCCGAACACAGCAUCUGGACCUGUCCUCCAACGCAGGGCUCUCCUACGAUGAACAGCAGUCGCAGAUCGAUCUCCUGGUGAAGACUAUCCGCCGCCACCGGAAAAUUGUCGUCAUCGCUGGCGCUGGCAUCUCUACAUCUGCCGGAAUUCCCGAUUUCCGCUCCACUGAUGGCCUUUUCAAAUCUUUGCAAAAGAAACACAAUCUCAAAGCAUCGGGAAAGCUACUGUUCGAUGCCGCCGUCUACCAGGAUGAAAAUUUGACUGCCUCCUUCCAGGACAUGGUCCGGUCGCUGUCCGAAGAGGCCGCCAAUACCUCCCCCACCGCCUUCCACCAUAUGCUUGCCCGACUUGGCCAUGAAAAUCGCCUCACCCGCCUAUACACUCAGAACAUCGAUGGCAUUGAAACAUCGAUGCCCCCCUUGGCCACACAGAUCCCACUGAACGUCAAAGCCCCAUGGCCACGUACCAUCCAACUCCACGGCAGCCUGGAUAAGAUGGUUUGCCAAAAGUGUCGAUAUCUUCGCGACUUCGAUCGCGCCAUGUUCGAUCGUCCGGAUGCCCCAGAGUGCCCAGAGUGCUCAAUCAACAACCAAUUCCGUAUCGAGACUGGCCAGCGCAGCCACGGUAUUGGGAAAAUGCGGCCGCGCAUUGUCCUUUACAACGAACACAAUCCAGAUGAGGAGGCAAUCACUUCGGUUAUGAACGCCGACAUUCGCUCACGUCCAGAUGCUCUGAUUGUGGUUGGAACCAGUUUAAAGAUUCCUGGAGUUCGUCGCCUGGUGAAGAGCCUAUGCUCGGUAAUUCGGGGUCGUCGCAACGGGAUCACCAUGUGGAUCAAUAACGAACCGCCUUCUGGAAAGGAAUUUGAAGACUGUUGGGACUUGAUGGUUCGAGGUGAUUGUGAAGAAGUUGCCCGACUUGCUCAGUUGAAACGGUGGGAUGAUCUUUCCGAGGAUGUGUUUGACGAAUGCAAUUCUUCCGAGGUCGAACGGGCCAAGAACAAGCAAGGAUCUGUCUCUAUUGUCAUUCACCCCCCCAAGAAGAAGAAGAAGAAGCAGCAGAAGACUGAGACUGGAAUGCUCACGCCUCCGCCCAGCCAGGACGAGGACGUAUUCAAGGCUGCCGCGACCAAGAGUUGCCCCAACCCUGCCAGCAAAGGGCGGAAAAUUACCGAAGUUCUCAAGGCCCCCAAGAAAGACGCGCCCAAGAAAACGGCCGUCAAAAGACCCGCGCCCAGGAAGCGGACCAAGAAGGACGAACAACCCCAGAAAUCGAAAAUUACCACAUUCAGCAAAGUUACCAAAGCCCAGAAGACUCUGCCUGAUGGGGACAAAUCGUUCAAACUGGACACGGACGAAACCAAGCCGAUGCACCCUGUUCCACGGGGUGCAGCGCGCAAUAAUGGCCCGAUGUUUCCACAUUUAGUGACCCAGGGCGAUGUAACGCCCACUGAUAAACGAUGGCGCGACCCGGAAACGAUUUCUCCCCAGUCGAUUCCCAACGGAAUGGGCGAACUGUUGAACCAAGCGACUGCAUGA